GUCAGUAACUAUCUGUAAGAUAUAAUAACAUUUAUACAAUCACAGUGCUGUCAAAAAGUCUCAGAACAAGAAUUUCAUUGCUUUGUCAGUAACUUGAAAAUCCCACAAUGAAUGCAGAAGAAUUCAGACAGAGGGGAAAGGAGAUGAUAGAUUAUGUUGCAGAUUAUAUAGAAAACAUUCAAGAGAGACGUGUGUUUCCAACUGUUGAGCCAGGGUAUCUGCAUCAGCUUAUUCCUGAUCAUGCCCCUGAAGAAGGGGAGAAAUGGGAAGACCUAUUUAAGGAUAUAGAGAGGGUCAUUAUGCCAGGGGUGACCCACUGGCAUCAUCCACAGUUCCAUGCCUACUUUCCCACAGCAAACUCUUAUCCAUCUAUAUGUGCUGAUAUUCUCUCUGAUGCCAUUGCAUGCACAGGAUUCUCAUGGGCCUGUAGUCCAGCAUGUACUGAACUAGAGGUGGUGAUGAUGGAUUGGUUGGCAAAACUGUUGAAUCUUCCAGAACAGUUCCUCUCUGGUGGGAAAGGCGGUGGAGUCAUACAGGGUACAGCAUCAGAAUCAACACUUGUUGCUCUAUUGGCCGCCAGGCAUAAAGCUGUACAUGACUACAGACAAACUCACCCUGAUGUUAAGAAUGAUGAAGAAGUGGCUGCCAAACUCGUGGCUUAUUGCUCAGAUAAUGCACAUUCCUCUGUUGAACGAGCUGGUCUUCUAGGACAUGUGAAAAUAAUGCAGCUUCCUGCUGAUGACAAACAUAGUUUACGUGGGGACACACUUCAGGAGGCAAUCAACAAAGACAAAUCACAGGGACUAAUACCAUGUUUUGUAUGUGCCACAUUGGGGACAACAUUAUCCUGUGGAUUUGACAACACAAAAGAGCUGGGAACAGUUUGUGAGAAAGAAGGGAUUUGGAUGCACAUUGAUGCUGCAUAUGCUGGAAGUGCCUUCAUCUGUCCAGAAUAUAGAUACCUACUCGAUGGAGUUGAGCAUGCAAUGUCCUUUGACUUCAACCCUCAUAAAUGGUUACUGGUGAACUUUGACUGCUCAGCAAUGUGGUUCAAAGAUACAUCUUAUAUGGUAGAAGCGUUUAAAGUGGAGCCACUUUAUCUUAGGCACAAUAAUACAGGAAGUGUACCAGACUUCAGGCAUUGGCAAAUACCAUUUGGCAGAAGAUUCAGGUCUUUGAAAUUGUGGUUUGUACUAAGACUAUAUGGCGUGAAGGCACUGCAGGAAUAUAUAAGAAAACAUAUCACAUUAGCACAUGAGUUUGAAGCCUUAGUGGUAAAAGAUGACAGGUUUGAGAUCACAGCUGAAGUUAUCAUGGGACUGGUAUGCUUCAGAAUAAAGGGCCCAAAUGAGCCAAAUGAGAAGCUUCUUAAACUGAUCAAUGAAGAUGGAAGAAUCCACCUUGUACCCUCAAAGAUUAAUGACACAUAUUUCAUCAGAUUUGCUGUAUGUGCAAAAUCAACUGAAUCAAAAGAUAUCACAUAUGCCUGGAGUGUCAUCACUGAACUGGCUACAGGAAUAAUGGAAAACAACCAAUGA